AUGCAGUCCAUACCAUUGCUUCUGCGGCAAUCGCUUCGGUCUAGCCGACAACUCACGCACACAGCCGCCCGAACGGUGCAAGCGUCUCAUCUCCGCCCAACACCUCCGAGUGCUUUUCCCACGAGGCCGACAGUCCGGAGCUUCUCUGUCUGCCUCCAAUGCCAGUUCCGUCAGCUCCCGGGGUCAUACUCCCCGCUCCAUGAGAAGGAUAAGACUGCGGCGGAGGUGCAGAGAAUUGUUGAGGCUUCGAGAGAGGGUGUUGCGCCUGAUGGCGUGCCCAGCCCAGAUGCGGCUGCGGGGAGUCCUCGUGCAAGCUCCACGGAGACCGACGUGGCUCCAACAGGACAGACACAGACGAAACUAGAUGAUAAAACAUUACUGGAAGGGAUUGAAGCCGAGCAAGGACAAGCGAAGGCACAGAGUGCAAAUGCUCAAGGUGCGCAGAGCGGAGGGUUACCGUCCUACUUGGAGAACCGCCGGUCACAAAUGUCGAAGCAAUUCACUACGAUGAUGGAUAACUUACAAUCCAACAUCUUCGUAGCUGGACAGCGUCUCAAUGACCUGACUGGCUACUCCGCCAUCGAGAUCCUCAAGAAGGACAUUCAAACCCAAGAAGCCCGACUCCGCACAGCUCGCGCACACGUCCGCCAAGCCAAGGAAGACUACACAGCUGCAAUCAACAACCGCUCCACCUCCCAACGGGAAGUCAAUGAACUGCUCCAGCGCAAGCACGCCUGGUCCCCCACAGACCUGGAGCGCUUCACUUUGCUCUACCGCAAUGACCAUGCCAAUGAAGUGGCCGAGACAGAGACACAAGAGGCCCUGUCUCGCGCCGAGCGUGAAGCCGAAGAGGCUGCCGCAUCGCUUAACAAGAACAUUCUCUCCCGUUACCACGAAGAGCAGGUCUGGUCGGACAAGAUCCGCCGGAUGAGUACCUGGGGUACAUGGGGAUUGAUGGGAAUGAACGUGCUCCUCUUCCUGAUUUUCCAGAUUGCUGUAGAACCGUGGCGUCGCCGUCGACUCAUUAAGGGUUUCGAGGACAAGGUCGUCGAGGCACUGGAAAAGGAGAAGAAUCUGAACCGUAUUGACGGCGAUGUCUCUUCAUCAGCAGCAACGGCAAUUCUCCCUGAGGUCAUCGAUUCUACCGUCGAGUCCUCGAUUGCUGCUAUUGAGUCCCCUGACGCAAAGGCUGCUGAGGAGCCCACUGUUAUCCCGGUGGCUCCUACACCUGAAGCUUCUCCCUCCCCCGAACUCAUUGUUGAGCAAUCUCUCUCGUCUCGCCUUGCUGGUAUUCCCUUGUCACCAAUCUCUCUUGAAUACUGGCGGCAGAUGUUUGGUGAGCUCUUCAGUGAGCGGGCCGUUGUUAUCUCGCAGCGUGAUAUUACCGUGGCUGCUAUGCAGAGCGCCGCAGCCGGUGCAGCUGUGGUGGGCCUGUUGAUUGCUCUCGUGAGACCUCGGUAA